AUGUCCGUCGAUCCCCCGCAGCGCAUGUAUCAGCCUCGCGCAGUCACAAGAGACGUGUCGAUGCAGUAUACGCCGACCCUUCCCCAACAUGAUCACUCCAUGGACAUCAUCGACGAGCCCAUGAGGCGUUCGCCAUCGUUCCGCGGAUCGCUGCCGCCGACCUCCUCGUUCCGUAUGCGCAUGUCUGCCACGCCCCAAGUCGAGCCCAUCCGCGAAUCGUCCAUGCCGCCGAGCCUCACAGACCUCAAUACGAAUCCAGCCUUCGUACGUGCACCGUCGCAAGGCGUUGAAAGCCGUCAGCGCUUGACACCUAGUAACACGCUGGGCACGGUGGCCGAGCAAAGACACCUCUUCUCUCCUACGAAGUCGCGCAGCUCAUUGUCGUAUGUCUUUUCUGCUCAGGAAACCGCGCCGCGCGCCGCUUCCGGAGAGGCCGCUCAAAAAGCGCUUCUCGAGCUUGACGCGUACAAAACACCCAUCAUUCCAAGCCGCCGUCGCAAGGACACAUCCGAUGCCUCUGCCCUCGCAAGCACGUCUCGCCCAACGACUGGGCCUGACCUCUUCAAGAAGAAGCGCAAAUUCGUGCCCAUGAACGAAGAAGAGCAACUCGCUUUGAACCUGACAGGUCAGGGCAAGAAGAAAAAGAAGAGCAAGGAUAAGGAGGCCAGGGCGAAUGACACGAAGCCAUACUCAAAGCCGGAUGGUCUGAAGAAAUUGAUGACCCGUCACAAAGCCGGAGAGGAUCCCGACGCGUCUUUCGAGUCCGAGGGCGCCAAUGAGCUCACGCGUAGCGAUAGUCAGAUGGACACGAGCACCGGCACGACUGAGAAGGAGAACAAGACGAAUGAGCCCACUGUGCCGGACCUGCCGCCUCAGGACAACUUUGCGCCCCGGUCUGCCGACGCACCCGCUCAGGGCUCGUCAUUGCGCAUUGGACGCACGAAGACCAGCAGACAGCAUCUCGCACGCCCAACCAUCCAACGGCCUCUCAAGAAGAAGUUCUCGGCAGCCUUUGAAGAUGAUGAUGUUGAUGACGACAUGGAAGAGCGCAAUCAAGAAAUAGAGAAGCUAAACGAGAUUCAGGCGAAGGCCCCUCCGUUCAAGAUUGACAGCAACUUCUUUGCGAAACCGCCUCAAGCCGCACCUACUUCGUCAGAUGCAUCCAAGGCCAAGGAGCCGCCCGUUACGUCCCUUCCGUUCUCGCUGGGCUCACCGGCACCGCCCGCCCCGAAGGCCCCAGAGCCGGUGAAGGAGGCUGUUCCAGCCCCAGCUCCGGAAAAGCCUGCCCCCACCCCCUUCUCUUUUAGUGCGCCGCCAAAGACCGACACGCCCUCAGCCUCGAAUGGGGCAACGUCUACCUCUUCGUCGGGCGGCAUCCCGAACUUCUUCUCAUCAUCGCCCGCCCUUGCGAAACCCCUCACACUCCCUACUCCCACCACGCCUCUCUUUGGCUCGCCCGCUGCCACUCCCAAGCUUGAUGGCGCUGUGCCUCUGCCUGGUACGCCCAAGCCUGCGGCGCCGCCAGCGUUCUCAUUCGGCACGCCCGCGCCUGCUGAGCCUGUUAAGGACCCGAAUAGCCCAUUCUGGGUGGGCUCCAAGACGGCUGCAGCACCAGCGAACGGGUCGGCGGCCUCCAACGGUCUGCCCUCGGGCUCGCUGUUCGGCGCGCCCAAGGUCGAUGAACCACCAAAGUCCGCUCCUGCUACGACGUUCUCGUUCGAGAAGAAGGAAGAGGCGCCGAAGUCGGCCGCACCUACCGCUGCCCCAUUCUCGUUCGGCAAGCCUGCUGAGCCCACCAAGCCGGCGGAGAGCACGAGUGGUUUGUUUGGGCAGCCUUCAACGUCGAGCUCGACAGCGGGCGGUCUGUUCGGUAGUACGCCUGCUGCGCCGCCUGCAACGACUGUAGGCUUCUCGUUUGGUGCGCCUGCGCCUGCGACGACGCCGAAGCCCGAGGAGGCACCUAAGCCCGCGCCAUUCUCAUUUGGUGCGCCCGCCCCUGCGGCCGAGGCUCCCAAGCCGUCCACUCCCUUCUCCUUCGGCCAGCCUGCAGCAUCGUCGGAUAGCGCGCCUAAGCCUCUGUUUGGUGCCCCCGCAUCGAUAACGGAGGCGCCGAAGCCAGCGUUCGGAGCUGCGCCAUCCGUUCAGGCUCCGAAGCCACUCUUUGGCGCUGCACCGUCUGCCGACGCGCCCAAGCCGCUCUUCGGUUCCGCCCCAUCGAGCCCUGCGCCGUUCUCGUUCGGUCAGCCCGCGAAGACGGAUGCGCCAGCGGCGUCGCCAUUCUCGUUCGGUGCUGCGCCCAGCACGCCGAAGCCCGAAGAGAAGAAGCCAGCGUUCAGCUUCGGUGCUCCGGCAGCGACGCCAGCUGCGCCUGCGCCGUUCAGCUUCGGAUCCUCUACCGCUGCGCCUGCCACGACCGAGGCGCCCAAGCCCUUCUCGUUUGGUGCACCUGCUCCUGCCCGUCCGUCGACGCCGCCGAAGAACGAUGACGAUGGCAUGCGAAUGGAGGAGAGCCCGACGAGGGAGAUCACCAAGGCCGAGCCGUCGAAGCUCACGCUGAACACGGGCGGCGCCAGCUUCUCGUUUGGCGGGAGCACCGGUGGCUUCGGGUCUGCGAGCUCGACCACCGCACCGUCGAACCCAUUCGCCUUCGGUGCGCCUGCCGCAAGCAAGCCAGAGGAGAACAAGCCUGCGUUCGGUGGCUUCGGUCAGCCUGCACAGACUGGGUUCUCCUUUGGGCAGAGCAAGCCUGCGGAGGCCGCGGAGCCGCAGCGGCCUGCGACAACUGGAUCUUUCGGCUUUGGCGCGAGUACACCUACUUCGUCGGCGUCGCCCUUCGCCUUCGGCACGCCAUCGUCGUCGAACAAUGCCAAUCCCUUCGGUGGGGCGUCCUCGCAGUCAGGCUCAGCCCCGAACAGCCCGUCGACCUUUCAUCAGCCUUCGCCGUUCAGCUUUGGUGCACCUGCGCCUAUCCAGCAGACCAACUCGUUCUCGUUUGGCAGUCAGCCUGCAUCGCCCGCUGUGCCUUCCGCCACGUUGCCGCAGCCGGGCACGCCCAGCGGUGCCUUCGGAGCCUCGAAUGCCUUCAGCGUCGCGUCGCCGACAUCGCCUUUCACUUCCGCACCUAACUCUGCUGGGACCGAUGGUGGCGGUCUGUUCACCAUGGGCUCGGCCAGCAGCAACGCCCCGCCCGCGCCUGGCCCUGGUGGAAGACCUGUCCGUCGUCUGCCCACGCGGCGCAAGCAUUGA